UACUGUCGCCAGAUUUAUCACCUUCUCACUCCUCCCUCAUUCUCUCUCUCUCUCUCUCUCUCUCUUUCACACACACACACACACUCACACCAGCUCUUAACACAUACGUGUUGUGAAGAACCGAGCGGUUGAUCCGUUCUCCUGAGGUGUGUGGGCGAGGACUCACGUGCUGAUGGGGAGGAACACGUGUGUCUUUGUCGCCUCCUCAAAGUUAAUCCCUCCAGAAGGGGCGUGGCCUCGUCCAUCUCUUCCAGAGAGUAGUGGAGUCGCAGCCAUCGUUUUUACCCCCAGCUCCUCGUCUACUCUUUUUGUUAUGUCAGUCCAUCCGUUUGUCUGUCUGGGAUGAGUUUCAGCAGUGGCAUGGAUGAGGCAGGGGAGGGAAGCAGCAGCAGGGAUCCUGAGAGUUUGGAGAUGAAUAAGCUGCGUCAGAGUUUGCGCAGGAAGAAGCCGACCUACGUGCCCGAGGCCAGCAGACCGCACCAGUGGCAGGCUGACGAAGAAGCCGUACGCAAGGGCAAAUGCAGCUUCGCCGUCAGGUAUCUGGGUUUGGUGGAGGUGGAGGAGUCCAGAGGGAUGCAUGUGUGUGAGGAGGCUGUGAAGAAACUGAAGGUGAGCGGAAAAAAGACGGUAAAAGCCAUGCUGUGGGUGUCGGCUGAUGGUCUGCGAGUCGUCGACGACAAAACCAAGGACCUCAUCGUCGAUCAGACCAUCGAGAAGGUGUCGUUCUGUGCACCGGACCGCAACUACGACAAGGCCUUCUCUUACAUCUGCCGUGACGGUACCACACGCCGCUGGAUGUGCCACUGCUUCAUGGCUCUUAAGGACUCGGGUGAGCGUCUCAGUCACGCAGUAGGUUGUGCGUUUGCUGCUUGUUUGGAGCGAAAGCAGCGGCGGGAGAAGGAGUGUGGCGUCACGGCGUCGUUCGAUGCCACCCGCACCUCGUUUGUUCGCGAAGGAUCGUUCCGAGUCUCCUCGGCUGGUCAGCAGGGUGAGAGGGAAGACAUCAUGAAGCAGCUGCAGGACAAAAAAAAGGAAGUCUGUUCCGUCCCUGCAGUUCCUCCAGGUAACGCUUCACCUCCAGAAGGUGCAGCCACACAGGUAGAACGAGCCGAGGCAGGUGGGCCACACGCCAUCCCUCGUCGUCACGCGCCACUCGAACAGCUUGUGCGCCAGGGCUCAUUCCGCGGCUUCCCUGCACUCAGCCAGAAAAACUCGCCUUUUAAACGCCAGCUGUCUCUGCGCCUGAACGAGCUGCCGUCCACCCUGCAGCGCAAAACUGACUUCCAGAGCAAGAACCCGGUUUGUGAGAUGGACCUGUCGGUGGCUGCUGAAGCAGACAGCAUCAAUGCGCUGUGCAGCCAAAUCAACAGCUCAUUCACCAAACCCUCGGAGGACCUCAGUGGCCAAGCCACCAGCAACGGCAUGCCAGCAUGCAGCGUUCCUCCUGCCAUCCCACCUCCACCUGUACCUCAAGGUACCAGCUCAUGGGGCCAGUCGGAGCCCCCUGUUCAGUCUCCACCCUCAACCGGCCACAGGCGCACACCAUCCGAAGCUGAACGCUGGCUGGAGGAAGUCUCUAAGGCAGUGAAAGCCCAGCAGCAGACUCCACCCACUCUGCCACCACCACCCAUCCAGCAGCCGACACCAGUUCCCACCGCACCCCUCGCUCCAGGCUCUCUGCCCACGUCCAUGCAGCCCUUCCCUAUGGCUUUUGACACCACUCCCGCACCAGUGGGCAUGUACGGCCAGGCGCCUCUACAGCCAGGCUAUGUGCCUAUGCAGCCCUACAUGCCUGCCAUGGCUAACAGCAUGACAUACCCCAAUGCCAGCAUGCCUGUGGUGGGUAUAACACCCUCACAAAUGGUAGCAAAUGUCUUCUGCAGUGCCACUGGUUCUUCAGGCGGAGGCACUAUGGGGGUUGGUAUGGGUUCCAAAACUAGCACACUCGGUGGCGGUCCUUCGGCUUUUCCCAGCCUUGCCGGGGGCUUCGCUAGCGCUACGUUCACCAACCAAUCGGCCUCCCAUGGGCUUGCACAAAACUCACCUCCCUCCAGAACCAGCGUGGGUUCCAGCAGCGUUACACAAAACGGCUCCAUGUCAAGUGGAAGUGGGAGCACCAACACCUGGCCAGUGGAGAGUCUGCAGCAGUCCAAUCUCCCAGCUGAUGCCCAGGAAGCAGAGCGCUUUGAGGCCAAGUGGGCAGCUCUGGAGUCCAAAUCACAACCCAAGGCACCCAACCCUUUCUCCAACGAUUUACAAAAGACCUUUGAAAUUGAGCUCUAAUUGCAUCCAUAUGGGCAUCGAUUUAGACCCUGACAUAAGAAAUGAAAUCCUGUUGCAUUUGGCUUGUUUUUGUUCGACUCUUUUGUUCCUUUAACUCUUGCUCCUGCUCUUCAGGAUCGCUCCAUCAUGUAUCAUUCCAAAUGCAGUCAUAAAACUGGGAACAUGACAGUGUCCCUGAACCCAACAAACCGAGUCACUUAAUUUUAAAGAAUGGAAAGACUUCUGGCUUUGAGUUUGCUUUUGCUGCGAUGGCUCAGUCAAGUGAAUCAAGUGACCUCAAACAACCUGCAGAGGGAGCAAAAGAUUGAUUAUGAUGCAGCCAAAAUGUUUAUUUAUUACUUUUUUUCGAUUGUGGAAAAGAUUUUAAAUCUAAUUUGUGCUGAUUGAAUUAAUUGUUUCUCUGUAUUUUUUUACUUUAACCCCCGUGGCAGAAGAUGACGUAUAAUUUGGGUGUAACGAAGACGCUCUGACUCAAUAGAUGAGAACUGCAUGAUUGGAGAAUUACUAAUGGAAAUGCUAGCAAAUGCGAGUGUAAAUAGCAUGUUUUUUUUCCCUCACCUCUUAUUUAUCACGCAGUUUGUGGAUGUUCAUUAUUAUUCAAUCCCUGUGAGUCACAGCUUGAGCGUCAUAUCGGCACCUUGUCAGCAACACAUGGACACGUCGCACUGGGAGGCUGAUUAUGCUGAUAAAACUCUUAACACAAAGAGCUACAGAGCUAAUUUCAAAUGAACACCAGGGGCCCAGCAGCGCAGUCGGAUAGAGAGAGUCUAGAAGCUGUAAUGUAAGUGAUGCAGAAACAGAGAAGGUAUAAACGUGCCUGAUUAGACCUGAGCCUGAUUUCUCAGUCAGGACUCAGCCACAGCCUGAAGCUACAUGAAAUCCUGCUGUUGCUGAUGAAACAAUUCGUUUUAUUUUACCACAGAAAAUAUGUGAUCGUUUGUGCUAACGGAGAGUUUGGUUUGGUUUGUUGUAAAGUGAGGAAGAAAAGGAAAAAUGUACGUCUGAAAAAUGCUGGAGAGCGACUGAUUGUUUCGAGCUGUUUACAGAAAGCUCGGAACCUAGCGGAUUAGACUUGGGUUAGAAAUCCUGGAACGUCGUGAACAUCGUCACUUGCCGCGACGGUCGCUUGUUCAAAAUAUAUUCUUUGAAUUUUGGAUUGUGUUGUGAUAAUAUACACAUGUUUCCUGGCUUUUUAACUUUCAACUUGAACUCUUUAAUAAUCCAGGAGAAUAAUGAAACUUAUAAUCAUAUAUAUCGAAGACUAAAGUAUAUUCAACACUCUGGUUUCGGUGCCGGUUCUGCUCCAGACAUUUAACUUUUCAGGGAAUCCUUCAUUCCUGUACCGAUGGAUUUCUUACUCUGCAAUAAUGCUCAAUGCUUUCUGUCAGCUUUUGUUCUGAGGUGAUAUAAAUGAACUCGGAUCUCGGCUCAGGUCCGUGCUGUGUUCGGUAGGAACGUGCUGAGUGACUGGAUUUUGUCUGGAGUUUGUCAAUGAGUAGGAUAAAAGCUAGAUAUUCAAAGCCAGACUGCACACUGUGCUACAGAACACCCACCUUGAUAAUAACCACUAAUAAUAAUAAUAAUAAUAUGCACAAUAGAUUUACAGAUUGAUUGACUGAACACACAGUUUUUCACAUCACAAAUCUGCUCGAUUUCCCUCCAGUCUGUGGAUCGCUAGGCGCUAAUCUCUAACGUACAGGGUUAACAGAGCCGUUCCAGGCUGCACAAUGGCUUCUGUUUCAGUUUUUUUCCCAAAGCGACUGUGUUUGUAACGUGGCCAAGCUGCAGGCCUCACGGGGGGAAACGUCCCUCCUACACGAGCGUCUCCGUUCUCGGUGCUCUGCGUCUUACUUGUAACGAAGCCAGGAUGAAGCGAUACACACCUGAUUAACCUCCAGUCCACGUGUCCCCACACAAAUGUAGAUCUCUUUUUGAAAACAAGGAAACUAAAUGACCUCAUAAACUUGAUUGUAAACUGUAAUCUAGCGAAAAACAAAAAACGUGGAGUUUAUUUUUAAUCUUUAUUUACAGAGUUUUGUAUUUAAA